AUGGUCGAGCCUGAUGGUGAGGACGACAUGGUCGAUGCUCAGGUCCCGCUAUCACAAGUCGAGAACAUGGAUCACGAUCAAGACGCACCUGUGCCUUCAAUCGAGCAAGUCCACGAUCCUGACUCGCUGUUCAUUCCUGAAGACGACCCCUCUGCCCAGAUCAUUACGCCUCAACAAGAACCCGUCGCACCUAUCGCCACUCCGCCACUGCCCACUCUACCUCGACCAAAGGUGACCGGUCAAUCAGUCUCCCAAAAGAUUCGCGCUAUGCAGACUAUACGGGAUCAUCAGAAGUUGGUCACUAGCAGACAAACAUCAGCAUAUCAGACCAACUCCAAUCUUGACGAUGAGGCGUAUCUUGAGGCUGUCAGACCAGGACAGUCUUCAUCCGCUGCUGUUCCAGCUAUCAACGAGGACGAUCUCGCAGACAAGAAAGCCAUCAAAGAUUUCGAAGCGAAGAAGCGCUAUUACGAUGAGCAGAAGAGGAAGAAGGGUACUCUGUUAUUCAAAGAGGAUGUUGAUUGGUUGAAGAUAACGGGUGCUGAGGAAGCCAGAAAGAAGAAGCGAUCUCGAGAUCUUGCCAGGCAGAGAGAAGAGAAGGACGGCCAAUCUGACCUUUUCCCAGAGUUCAAUUUCACACCGAACAUCGAGGAAGAGGUGGAGUCUGAUCAUGACUUCGAUAUCCAAGACUCUGGAGCUCGCAAGCGCCGCCGACCGAUGCCUACCAAAGAAGGGAAGAACCCGUCGAUGCAAGAUGCCGAGCUUCAGAGUAUGCGAGUCGCUCUUGAAGCUGAAGGUGACGCAUCACGGAAGAAGCAGAAGGGUGCUGUAGCCUCGGCCGAAGAACAGGCUUCUGUGCCUUCUGGUCGUGGUAAAGCCUCCAAGGGAAAAGGACCUGCGAAGCAGAAAUCUGGCCCUAAGAAGCAGACCAGGACACGUGGUGGUAGAUACUCAGCAAAGAAACAAGAGGUAGAUCACGCAUACAAACAGGCAACAUCGCUGUUCAACUCCGAUGUCUUUCAGCAACAGGCCGGCGCCAGCGCAGCUGAUCAGCCCACAUUCAGAUCAAGAAACAAAACCGAUGCGCUGAAAGAGCUCAUCGCCAGCGUACCUAUUGAGGUGCAGAAGAAGGCAAGACUCGACAUCGAUAUCCUCUUGGCUGCAACAAAGGAGUUCGAUGGGAAGGGUCAGGUCAAGGCAGACGGAAGCGGUCUCUGGCGAGUCAGAGGUAUGAGCACCUCACUCAAGCCAUAUCAGGUUCUUGGCACUGCCUUCAUGCGUCGUCGAGAGAAUGCAACCGAAGAGCCAAGAGGCGGCUUGAUGGCUGAUCAGAUGGGACUUGGAAAGACCCUUAUGAUGCUGGCGAACAUAGUAAAUGGUCGACCGCCUAAGAGCGACACAGGCCCCAAGACAACUCUACUUAUUGCCAGUCCCGCACUCUUAACUCAAUGGAAGAACGAGAUCGAACUGCACACCGACGCUUCCAAAGUCAAUAUAAAGAUCAUGCGAUAUGGUGCCGGUACACGCCCUGACUCGACCAAUGCCGAUCAGAUCUUAGCAGGACACGACGUCGUUCUGACUACGUACCACGAGAUUAUGCAGUCGUACCCCAAGAACGAACCGCCUAUUGAAUGCCAGACUGCUGAGCAGAAGAUAGCUUGGUGGAAGCUGGUCUUUGAGAAACAGAGGGGCCCUCUACACCGCAUGAUGUUCUUGCGCGUCGUGCUCGAUGAGGCCCAGGCUAUCAAAAACCAUAUGUCGCGGACAUCAAUCGCUUGUCGGGCUCUCAUGGCGCACCACAAAUGGGCCCUCAGCGGUACUCCAAUCCUCAACAGCCUAACGGAGCUCUACCCCUACUUCAAGUUCCUUGAUGUCCCUCACACUGGCAGCUUCAAGAUCUUCAAGAAUAAUUACUGCGACAGUAAGAAUCAGGAGAACACUGAGAGGCUGUUGGUGCGCCUUUCGCAAUUCAUGAUCCGACGGACCCACGCGGACGAGAUGUUUGGCGCUCCCAUUCUCAAGCUCCCUCAAGCCGACCAGUCAACUCAUUGGUGCGAAUUUAACUCCGUCGAGAGGAGUAUCUACGACAUCGUGCGCGUACGCUUUGCCAAGUGCAUCAACAUGUGGGCGCAGAACGGUACUUUGGACAAGGCAUACAGCAACGUGUUGGUAAUGCUUCUUCGCCUUCGGCAACUAACAGGUCACAUCCUAAUGCUCCAGUUCGUCAUCCGUGACCUUCUUGAGCGCGAAGACAUCGAGGCCAUCAAGACUGUGGUCGACAAAGAGGCUCAGACUAGCAGCGAGCGAGGCGGACAUACGAUCAUUGCUGUUCGUAAGCAGCUAGACAAGGUUGCAGCUGAUCAGAAGAGAAAGACUGCCGACCUUGAAGCCAGGAAAGCUACAGCCAAGAAAGCUGCCAGAACUAGGAAAGACGCUGCUAGGAAAGCUGCGAAAGAGCAAGGGGUUAAUUACGUGUCAGAGGACGACGACGUCAACGCCAAUGCCAUCGGUAAAGACGAUGAGCUACUGGAAGAAGAAUUUGACGAGCCAAUCGAUGAAGACCCUGCAGAUGAUCUCAUCCAACGCUUCACCGCAGGUGGUGGUUUCGGCAAGGAUUUCAACUUCAAGCCCUUCCUCAGCAGCCUCAAGACUGGCGAGAGUUGGGAGAAGACGAAGCAGAAGGCAAAAUGCGCCUGGUGUGGCAAGCAACCCCGAGCGCCGCAAAUCACGUCCUGUGGCCACCUCAUCUGCAGUGAGCCAUGCCUCGAGAAUGUGGUCGUUGAGAUGGCCGAGGCGGACGACCCAGAUGUAUUUCCCGCAUGCAAGGCGUGCGGUGCUACCCCUACUCACAUUCACCCUUGUGAAGUAGACGAGGAUGAUACUCCCGAUGCCCCAGCACGAGGCACACGUGCCAACAAGAAGAAGAACAAGGAGAAACAGCGCGCGCGCCUCGAUCGCGAAGAAGUCUCGGGAGAAUGGCUUGAUCUGGCUGGCGAGGACGUUCUACCCUCUGCAAAGACGAUUGCUGUCAAGAGCCAGAUCAUGAACUGGCUCAAUGAGAACCCACACGUCAAGAUCAUUGUCUACACGCAGUUUCUGGCCAUGAUCCGCAUUUUGGACGCCGUAUUUCGAAAAGAAGGCUGGGUGGCUGAGAAAUACCAUGGCAAAAUGAGCCUGAGCGCCCGCGAUAAGGCCAUCAGCUCGUUCGCCGAGAAUCCAGAUUGCAAGAUCAUGCUGGCAUCUCUCCGGUGUGGUGGCUUGGGUCUCAACCUGACCAUGGCGUCCAAGGUCAUUAUGAUCGAUCCCUGGUGGAACUCGGCCUCCGAACAACAGGCUUUCUGCCGCGUGUUCCGCAUCGGCCAGCGCGAGGAGACCAUCAUGAGCCGCCUCUGCGUCAGGAACACGGUCGACGAGACUCUCAUUGACAUGCAAGAUCGCAAAGACAAAGAGAUCGCUGCGAUUAUGGAGGAUGAUGGCAAGACCAUGAAGAAGAUGGAUACACGCACCCUGAUGCGAUUGUUCGGUAACUUGGAGGAGGACCCCGAUGGUAAACCUUUCAUCAUGGUCGAUAACCCAAAUCCACGCGGUGGAUUCAGGGCCGAUCGCGAUGACGAGGGCUAUGCCGACGACUUCUAG